GUUCAUAUCUUUGUUUUGCCGGAUGUAGGUGUCUGGCUCUGCAGUGGCCAUGGCGGAGGUCAGCGGCUGUUUGAGGAGCGGAGCACACAGACUCUCGGUUGCUAUAACACUACGGAGACGGUAUCAUCACGAGUUUACGAGCCCUGCCGGUUCUGCCGGGACUCACGGAGUGACCAACCAACCGCCGACCCGAGGCUACGGCACCGGACCGCGCGAGGAGCACCGGAGCCCAACCGCCUACUACGACAUCCUGAGGGUUUCUCCGAGCGCCACGCCAGCGCAGAUCAAGAGCGCCUAUUAUAAACAGUCCUUCAUCCACCACCCGGACCGGAACCGGAACCGCAGCGAGGACGCGGCGCGGCACUUCGCGCUCGUCGCAGAAGCCUACAGUGUGCUCGGCGACGGCGGCCUCCGGAGGAAGUACGACCGCGGGAUACUCAACCGGAGCGACGCGCAGAGCGCCGGGAGACCGUCGACGCCUCGCCGCGCCCCUGACGCGAGCCCUCACUUCGACUGCGACGCGUUCUAUCAGGCGCACUACGGCGAGCAGCUGCAGAGAGAGCAGCAGAGGAGACGCCGGCGAGAGCAGACGCGCCAGCAGCAGCAGACGCAGCUCCGGGCCUGGAGACGCAUGAAGAUGAACGAGGUCACGGUCGCCCUGCUGCUGCUCUGCGGAGGCGGCAUCCUCAUCAGCCUGAGGGCCUGAGUCUGCUUCAUAGACAUGAGCUCUGCUCACCGCCGAAGAAGAAGCAGCAGCAUAGCAGUUGUGUUGCUCGCACUUCCUGUGGCUGUGUAGCCUAUAGAAGAAGAAGAAGAAGUGCAGCAAACUAACUGCACUGCAAUCCAGUGUUUACUAGGAUAGCUAAAAGACGAAUACAAGUUUGCAGCACUGUACAAUCUUGGCCGUCUCAGACACAUUUUGUGAAUCCUGGAAAAUGCAUCAUGCAUCUGUAACUGAUUAAGAACCAUUGCCAUCAAAGUUCACCUACUGUGAGGUUCAUCUCUAACAUGCACUACCAGUCAGACAGUUUUGAUCGCUGAGAUUUUUAAUGUGUUUAAAGAAGUCUCUUGUGCUCGGCCAGACUGCAUUUAU